AUGUCGACUGUUCCUCUCAAGAAAGCCCCCCCGGAUGUUCAAGCUGUUGUCCCGCUUGUUUCGAUUCGAUCCGCGGACUUGCUGGCUGGUGGCAAGCCGUUUCUCGAGUUCCCGCGCUACUCAAUCCUCGACCUUCAAAGGACCACUGGGGUUUGUGGUGGAGCCGGAAAUUUUGGAUAUCAAAAUAUCAAUGGUUCAGUCGGUGGUAGUGUUAAUAACACAAGUAGUGACUUGUCCAAUCCCUUUUCAGACUGGCUCUCCGAGAGACUACACAUCGGCCAGCCGUUUGUGAUCCAGGACUUCGAGAAAUUACCGCAAUGGGAUAAAAAAUUGUUUUCCAUUGAGAGCUUAAUAGAGCUGUCGACGAAGAAAAAUAUUCCAAUUCGGAAUUGCAGUACGUCAAGGGACCUCAGUUUCACCCUCAAGAAAUUUGCAGACACGGCGCGUCAGUCAUAUAGAGAGUUCAAGAACCUCUAUGCACGGGAUUUGCAGUGUCCGGAGGCGUGGCUGGAAGUAUGUAGGAGGCUGCUUCCACCUGAAGUGCAAUGGGGUGGGAGAGUGGAUUUAUUUCAGUGGCUGCCUUCGUGCGCCCGCAGUGAAGUCAUGAUGGCUUAUGUCGGCUCAGAAGGCUCCUCGUCUGGCUUCCAUAGAUGCUUCUCAUCCACCGUCGCGUUGAAUCUUUUGGUUGAAGCGAGUGACCCGCCCGUUUUCUGCUUUGGGACGGACUUUGAAUCUCAGGUCAAAUAUGAUGCAUUCAUGGUCGCUCAUGGUGCCUCUCCACAUGUGGACUGGUUUAACCUAUCCCCCGACGAACUACGAAAGGCAGACUUCCCUCUCUAUGUCCACGAGCAGAGAGUCGGAGAGCUUGUAGUUUUCCCACCUGCAACAGCCCACCAGGUUUGGAAUCUUGGGGCGAUAUCCACGAAGAUGGUCUGGAACAUCCUGCACCCACUAUCACUGGAGGCUGGGCUCAACUACGUGCAACCUCCUUUCAACCGCCUGUGCCACCCAGAUGUUGCGCGUUCCAAUCUAUCUCUUGCUUGCGCUAUGCUAAGUUUAUUACAGGACAAGCCUGGAGCUCUCCCCCCAGACUUGCCCUUACUGGCCAAGCUCUUUUCCCAAAUGGUGAGGGAUGAAAUGAUUGAUGAUCAACCUGUCACUCUAAUCGCAUUAGUUCGCAUACCAGAGACUGUUAUUGCAACCUGCGAUUUCUGCGGCACCGCAAUCUGGAAUCGACAUCUACGGUGCAAUGAAUGCAAGGAUUUCGACCUCUGCUUGCUUUGCUUCCUUAGUGGACGAAGCUGCGAGCACCUCUCAAGCUAUACAUGGGCCGAAAUCGUCACCCCAGAGACUUGCUCCCGGGUCAUCUGUCGAGGGGAAGCCAUUCUAGGAUAUAAGGUCGAGGAUACCAGUAAUAUAGGACGCCGUAAGUCCUUGGGAACUGCGGUAAACGAUCUAAUGCGGGCACGCCAGAGCCGUGCCAUCAAACUAUGUCAUCUAUGCAGGAUUGAACACCUGGAAUGGAAAGGGAGACGAUGCGAUACAUGCGCUUCUUUCUUUUGCUUCCGUGGUCUGUUCCGUCAUUUUGAUAUGCAUUCUGCUGAUAUUAUGCGCCUUCCCGGAUUAUGGGCUUGUCCAAAAUGUUUGGAACUGUGCAAUUGUCGGUGCUGCCAUUUUCCAUCCGCAUAUGUAAAGUCUGAAAAACCAGCUUCAAAACGUCGAGUCAAACCUGCCGAUCCGCGCGGGAAGAUUAUGGGUUUUACAGACAAUGUUUUCGAUCAGAAACGGAGAACUCCGGCACCCUCAAACUCGUCUGUAUAUGUCGUCCCUGCUAAAUCUCAGAAACGAUCACUUCCAGUGGUAUCCAUAGCAGAAUCUACCUUCAGGUCUGUGCCACUAUCACAGCCGGACCUUCCAACUCCAAAAUCGGAUGGUUCAUGUGGCUUCCAACAUAAAGAUCGAGAUAUCAUAAUAACAGAGCCAACGAACGCAGAAUGCGGUCUUCCACCAGCAAAACUCCCUCGAUCAUCCGACGGCAGCUCUAGAGUUUCACGGCCAGCCCGGAAUGACAUAUCAACAGGAAAGACCCUCCAUGGGAUCGACUAUAUUACGCAAAUGCCCUCACCACAUGAUGAUGAACUUUCGCUCCCACCCCUCAAAUCACAACGAGAUACGAAUUGCGGUCGUGGUAUAGACUCUACUACUCCCAGCCGCAUUGAAUCCAGUGACGGAAUAAAUACCUUUGCCAAAGUUGCGGUAGCUUCACGCGAUAAACUUCCCAUGGCACCUUUGCACGAAUUGCACCCUCCCCGAGACGUUAAGCAUGACCUUGGCGGUGGAACGGUCUCACCCCUCACCCCCACAACCCCCAGCUCGCGCACCCAUUCUCUCACAACAUCAACAUCAUCAUCUGCCAUGGUCUACGUUCACCCAACUGCGCCAUGUACCAAUCCUCCUGGUGCCCUCCCACCACCCCUUACAGUCGUCCCACACGAACCCUUCAACGUCUCUUCAACAUCUUCCACAAAGCAUCACGCCCAAUCUCAAAUGUCGGACCUCGAGUCCCGCCUUCAUCGCCUUCGCCAAUAUGCAGACGAGCUGCUGCUACUCUCUUUACACGACUCCCACCGUCUGAUACAACAAGACAUCCGGCUUUUAGAAGAGAACCUCCGUCUUUCAAGGAAAGAUCGUGGCGAGCAGCUGCUGAAGGAUUUGGAACUUGAAUUCCCUAAUUUGAUUGAGUUGCGGGAGGGAAUUAAACGGGAGGGUGGGAAGAUGGGGUUAUUUUGA